AUGCUACUAACGUUAGCUAGCCUCCUAAUCCUCCAUGGAAGGAACAUGUUCACCACCACCCCUGCCCCUACGGAGCGUCGGACCGUCCCUACAGGUGGAGAACUGAUCUUCUGGUCUGGUUUCGAAAAGACGGAGGACGGAGUUGUCAUCGGCAUGACGAACCGCUUCAACUCGUCUAGACAAAGCCUUACGACUGACGACUCCAUAAUCCACACUUCCGUACGCCAUUACGGAAUACUCUGUAAAGUAAUGCUCCGUAAAGCACCCGGAAAAUUGGCAGAGUACGUUUACGGAGUAAGAACGACCAUGUCAUCAGAACCUGCUGGCAUUAUGGUCAAAAAGACUUUGUUUUUCAUGCAGAUAACUGGCUGA